CAGAUUUCAGAAACCCGACAAUAAACUCAAGCUCUUUACCGGCGAAGGAUAACCAGAGGUACUGAAGAGCACACAAUUCCAGCAGAAAGCACGCCUUCUUCACUGGGCCAUCUUUGCCAGUAUUUUCAACCAAAAUAUCAGAAUGGCUCCUGCAAAAGUCGUGGAGGAGAAGGGCGAGUCCUCAACAGCUGCAGCCAAAAAAGCCGUCUCAGCGAACGCAAAUGGUGCCCCAAACUACGAGCUACCAUGGGUUGAAAAGUACAGACCUGUAUUCCUAGACGAUGUGGUUGGAAACACCGAGACGAUCGAGCGGUUAAAAAUCAUCGCAAAGGACGGCAACAUGCCGCACGUCAUCAUCUCGGGAAUGCCAGGUAUCGGAAAGACGACCAGUGUUCUCUGCUUGGCGCGACAACUGCUGGGAGAUUCGUACAAGGAGGCAGUAUUAGAACUGAACGCCAGUGACGAGCGAGGAAUUGACGUGGUCCGAAACAGAAUCAAGGGGUUUGCUCAAAAGAAAGUGACACUCCCGCCAGGCCGACAUAAGCUGGUGAUUCUUGACGAGGCCGACAGCAUGACAUCUGGCGCACAGCAGGCCCUGAGGCGAACGAUGGAGAUCUACUCCAACACUACGAGAUUCGCUUUCGCGUGCAACCAGUCAAACAAAAUCAUAGAGCCCCUGCAGUCUCGAUGCGCAAUCCUCCGGUACGCGCGCCUGACGGACGCCCAGGUGGUCAAACGGCUACUGCAGAUCAUCGAGGCCGAGAAGGUCGAGUACAGCGACGACGGUUUGGCCGCGCUAGUCUUCAGCGCCGAGGGCGACAUGCGUCAGGCAAUCAACAACCUGCAGUCGACAUACUCCGGAUUCGGGUUCGUGAGCGGCGACAACGUCUUCAAGGUCGUCGACUCGCCGCACCCGAUCAAGGUUCAAGCCAUGCUCAAGGCGUGCCACGAGGGCAAUGUCGACUCGGCCCUCGACGCGUUGCGAGAGCUUUGGGGCUUGGGAUACUCGAGCCACGAUAUCAUCAGCACCAUGUUCAAGGUCACAAAGACGAUACAGACGCUGAGUGAACACACCAAGCUAGAGUUCAUCAAGGAGAUUGGUUUUGCGCACAUGAAGAUCCUCGAGGGCGUGCAGACCCUGCUGCAACUGAGUGGCUGCGUGGUCAGGCUAUGCAAGUUGAAUAUGGACCCGAAAAAGUUUGAGAUACCCAAGAAGUGAAUUAGGCGCCAGGAGGGAGAAAUUACGGACGACGCCUGCCAUGCAAGAGUCUGUGUGUCUAAGUUUGUUUGGUUUUUUUUUUUUUUUUUUUCAUGGCGUCGGCGUUUCGGGACUGCGACGCUCAUUUACUUCGGAACGAUAAAUAGACUGAUGAAAUGUAAUGAUGAUUGUUGAUCUUCUGAGAGUUUGGACUAUUU